AAGAGGUCGCCGUGGUGAGACCGAUGGCGAGCUCCAGAGAUCCAGAACCCUCUCUACGCCGCCGCAUCACCGUGGUGUCGCCGGAGGACCCCGUAUUGGGGACUAUCCCGGCGUCUGUUGACUCCACCACCGACUCCGGUGACGAUUCCGUUGUGGAUACGACCUCGGAUCCGGAUUUGACAGAUGGAGUCGUCAAUGGAGAUCAGGGCGAAGAGAAGAAGAAUCUAGCCUCGGUUUUGGAGGGUGCGGAGGAUCGUUCGGGGGCCGAGGGUGGUGUUCCGCCGAUGUUCUUGUACCGAGCUUCUGCUCCCGCUCACCGGAGAAUGAAGGAGAGCCCUCUCAGCUCCGAUGCGAUCUUCAAGCAGAGCCAUGCAGGGCUGUUCAAUCUUUGUAUUGUUGUGCUUGUGGCGGUAAACAGUAGGCUGAUAAUUGAGAAUUUGAUGAAGUAUGGGCUGUUGAUAAGAGCUGGGUUUUGGUUCAGUUUAGGAUCAGUGAGAGAUUGGCCGCUCCUGAUGUGUUGUUUUUCUCUGCCCGCUUUCGCUCUUGCCGCCUUUGCAGUGGAGAAGUUGGUGUGGAAGAAGUUAAUUUCUGAACCAGUUGCUGUUUCAAUUCAUAUAUUACUGACGACAGCUGAACUUGUGUAUCCAGUUUAUAUGAUAUCCAGGAGUGAUUCUGCUGUUUUGUCUGGUCUUGUACUAAUGCUUUUUACCACCAUUGUUUGGUUGAAGCUUGUGUCAUAUGCACAUACAAAUUAUGAUCUGCGCAAUUUUCCGGACUCUGAUAAUAAGAAUUAUUAUACUCAAGGUGUUGACUUUCAAGGCUUGGCAUAUUUCAUGGUGGCCCCCACACUUUGUUAUCAGCCCAGCUAUCCUCGUACAACAUCUAUAAGGAAGGGGUUAGUGACCCGUCAAAUCGCCAAGUUGAGUGAUAUUUCAUGGGAGCUGAUGGGCUUCAUUAUCGAGCAAUACAUUAAUCCUAUUGUCAAGAAUUCUCAACAUCCACUGAAAGGAGACUUCUUAUAUGCUAUAGAGAGAGUGCUGAAGCUAUCAAUUCCAACUUUGUAUCUGUGGCUUUGCAUGUUUUAUUGCCUUUUCCAUCUUUGGUUAAAUAUUCUUGGUGAGCUUCUUUGUUUUGGUGAUCGUGAGUUUUAUAAAGAUUGGUGGAAUGCAAAAACAGUUGAAGAGUACUGGAGGAUGUGGAACAUGUGUUCUGUUGUCUGGCGUCUCUGGAAUGGUUCGCCAGCUGUCUCCCGCAACAUGGAUAGGCAGCAAGGUAGUUUCCAGCAGGAGGAAGAAGAACACUUUGUCUUCGGCCAGGAUCCUUCCUCGGCCGUCAGUGAUUUUUGUCUAGCCAGGCUGAACAUGGCAGCUCUUUCCAAGCAGAAGCAACCAGUGGUGGUGAAUCAGUUGUUCUUAAAGAAGCUAGUUUCAAUCCUUCAGAAUUUCGUUAUGGCUUCCCGAAUGGCUUUUCUUGAUCAGAGGAAUAGACUCGUGGGCAUUACCGCGCACAUCGGCGCGCCAGCGGAGGUGGCAGUGGAGGUGGUGUUUCUCUGGACAUUCCGCCAUGUCAAUAGCUUCAAUGGUGCUGGCGGUGAUGGUUGUUAUCAUCGAGGCACUGCUCCAACAUGGUACCUUGUUUUGUCGUCGGAAGAGGGAAACAUAGUGAGGCACACAGAUGACCGAUUCUUGAGGCAGAGCCGCCACUGGGUUCUGAAGGAAGAUAUACCACAAGAAUGCCUUCCCGAGUAA